UGCGCAGACGACGUCGAUUUUACGAACUUUCGAAUGUCACGACCUCGCAGCAGUUAGAACGUCGUUAGCUUUAUCUUACACGCGGUGACGAGGACGGUACAGACGGUAUAUAAACAGCGCCAGAAAUGCAGAGAAGACACUCUCACAUAUGCUACCAGUGACCGUUUGCCGUCAAGUCUCGAUAUACAUCACAAUGAAGUUGCUCAUCGUCUUUGCCCUGAUGGGUUACGUCUGCGCUGUGGAUGAAUACACUGCCGCCCCAGAGUUCCACACCACCGUCAUUCAGGGACCACUGGCUGUAGCACGAGUAGCAGGAGAGGGUCAGAGGAGUGCCAGCAGCUCCUACGUCCGUGAGGGAUCCGCCGCCGGUGCCGACUACGCCCGCGAUGAAGCCCAGGCUGCCGAAACCGCCGCCAAGGCCCGAGGAUACCAGUACGCAUACAGGAACGGAUACAGCUGGUACCAGCCGAAGAUCCUGUACGCUUACACCUACGAGCGUCCCAUCAUUGGCUACAGGAGCGAGGAUAUUGCUCUGCCUGCCAUCAAUACCAACAUACCGCAAGCUAACAUUGCUGUAGCGCCUGUUGUCUACCCCAGAAUCAAUGUAGCGACCCCCGUAGUACCAGCAUGCAGUGGUUACGGGUGCCGCCGUAAUGCUGGAUACGGACAAGCAAACUACGGAUAUUAUGCUUAAAACGCACAUCGAGUCUAACGACGGUAUAAUCAACUGAAUGUGAAACAAUUAUCUGUAGACAGAGGUAACAAUGUAAUAAUUGAAGACAAUUAUAUAAAUAAUUUGCUAAAUAAUAUAUAUUGAUAUAAAUGAAAGCAUGUGAAUAUCGCGCUUGCAUUAGAGCAAUGUACGUUCAACUGUAUUUAUUCAAUGGCUCAAAGCCACAAUCCUGUGUUACAUGUAUAAUGUUACGACUGUAAGUUGUAAAUUUUGUACAUAAUAAAAACGA